UUUCCGGCUUGAGAAACCGUGGGGUUUCUGAGGCGACGCCUCAGCCGGUAUUCACCACCCGGUCUGAGCCUGAGGAUCGGCCGCUUCCAUCACCACCAGCACCAUGGGGGCCGUGCUGGGCAUCUUCUCUCUCGCCAGCUGGGUUCCAUGCCUCUGUAGUGGUGCAUCAUGCUUGCUCUGCGGUUGCUGUCCCAUCAGUAAGAAUUCCACUGUGACUCGGAUCAUCUAUGCUGCUAUUCUCUUUCUGGGCACUCUCGUAUGUUGUAUCAUGCAGACAGAAAAGAUAGAAACUGAACUGAAAAGAAUUCCUGGAUUCUGUGAUGGAGAAUUCCAAAUCAAAAUGGUGGAUACAAAAUCAGAUUGUGAUGUGCUGGUUGGUUAUAAAGCUGUGUAUCGGAUCAACUUUGCCCUUGCCAUCUUUUUCUUUGCCUUCUUUUUGCUCAUGAUAAAAGUAAAAACAAGCAAAGAUCCAAGAGCAGCAAUACACAAUGGGUAUGUAAGAUUGAAGAUUAACUCUUUUUUUAUGCUUUUUCUAGUUUUACUCUCUGUUACAAGCUUGUUUUAUAUCCUGGCAAUCAUCUCUGUUGGGCUCCUCUACAAAUUCUACACCAAGCCAGAUGGCUGCACAGAAAACAAAUUCUUCAUCAGUAUUAACUUGAUUCUCUGUGUUGUGGUUUCUGUUGUAUCCAUCCUCCCAAAAGUUCAGGAACACCAGCCUCAUUCGGGCCUCCUGCAGUCUUCUAUCAUCACUCUCUACACCAUCUACCUCACAUGGUCAGCCAUGACCAAUGAACCUGAUCGUUCCUGCAACCCUGCCCUGCUGAGCAUCAUUACAAACAUAGCUGCACCAACCCCAAAGUCUGUAAAUUCAACCACUGUAGCCCCCACCGCUGCUCCCCCAUCAACAAAUAGCCACUUUAUGGAUGCAAAUGGUGUUUGUGGGCUGUUAGUCCUUUUUUGCUGCCUUGUGUAUUCUAGCAUCCGUACAUCCAGCAACAGCCAAGUGAACAAGCUGACCCUCUCAGGGAGCGACAGUGUGAUUCUGGGCGAUACAGUCAAUGGAGCUGGCGAUGAAGAAGAUGGACAGCCACGGCGGGCUGUGGACAACGAGAAAGACGGAGUGCAGUACAACUACUCCUUUUUCCACUUGAUGCUCUGCUGUGCUUCUUUGUACAUCAUGAUGGCCAUGACCAACUGGUACAGCCCUAAUGCCAACUUCCAGAGGGUGACCAGCGAGUGGCCAGCUGUGUGGGUCAAGAUGGGAUCCAGCUGGGCCUGCCUCCUCCUCUAUGUCUGGACCCUCGUGGCUCCACUGGUUCUUACUGGUCGUGACUUCAGCUAAACUCUCCAAUGCCAAGGACUCUGCUGAAGUUCAUAAAGGUCUCCUUUGCUGAAAACUCAUAUCCCUUUUUAGUUUCCUUUAACUAAACUAUUAAGUGAAUGCCUUUGCAAAUUUGAUUAUAUCCAGAUUUAUAUAUCAAAAGGCAAGAGUGAAUAAUGCUUGAUGCAGAAUCUGAACUUUUUAUUUCAAUGUAUAUUUUGUUUACUUGGAAGGAUAUAGCACAAAGGGAACAUUUUUGUGUUUUAAAGAGAACUACAGCUGUGCUGUGAAGAUAGUUCUUUAUAAAGACCUGUAGGUUCAUACAGCUUUGAUUUAAAGUAUAAGAUAUAAGAAUGUUGGAUAUUUGAGCCUAUCUUUAAUAUAUUUCUAUUUCAUUCUCCUUAAAAGGCAAAAAAGUAAUACAUUACUAUGACAUUUUCCUCUGUAAAGGUCUUUACCAUUUAGUGUAAGCUCUUCAGAGGUGUAGCGUAUCUUAGGUUUGGGGUGAGGAUUAUGUAUGUAGUCCUUCCCCAGAAGAAGGGUUGCUGACAAGGCUACUACUUCCACAUCUUGAGUCUUCUUUACUUUUUUAAUACUAUAGCAUUGAUGCUGCUUGAUACAAGUCCAUGGCUUUAUCAGAUAUGUUCAAUAAAUGCUUUGUAGGUUUGAUUAAAGCAAAGACUCACUUGGGAAAACAUUGCAAUGUUUCUGUAAUGAUCUUGUUACCAGUAUGUAAAAGUAAAAUGCAUGUCAAUUUAUUAUAUUUGCACUAUAAAGGUAUUUGAUUAAACUAGAUAUUAAGCUUU